AUGCGAGACUCUUCCGGGGGAGGCGGAGCCCGGCCGCCUUCCUGCUUCCUGCCCCGCUCGGCAGGCAGCGUCUCUCUCGGCUGCUGCCUGCGCUGGGAGGAAGGAGACUUCUCCGAAAGAAGGAAGCGCCAAGAGACCCAGACGCUCCGGCUGCGCUCAGGCAGGGGGAUCCUCCGGAGCCAAGCCGGAUCCGCGACCAGCUUCCCCCAAAAAAGCCUCCGCUCUGCAGGGAACCCCAAAAGGUAAGUAGAAAAAAGAGGGGGCGCAGGGGUCAGGAUCCCCCCCAACUCUCCGUCCCACCCUCCCUCCGGCACCCUCAGCCACCCAAGCAGGAGUCCGACGGCGGGAGCUCCCUGCUGGACACUUGGUGCCCAGGCCGCCUUGCCAAAGGGGCGCAGCAGACGCUUCAGCAGAUCUCGACACCCCCGACGCUGCAUGCCCGAGGUCCCAGCACCCCGAGGGGGGGGGGGGAGAAGGGCUCGCUCACCCUCCACCACCCGCAGCAGCAGAGCCAGGAGAGAGAGGCACACACCCGAUGGGCUUCCCUAAUACGACGCACCUGCUAGGAUCUCUUGGGUCAGGGAGCCGGGGGUGGGGGAGAGAGAGAGAGAGAGAGCCACCCCAGGGCACCCCCCCAAAAAAGCUGCUAGGAAAGGUCGUAGGAAAGCUGCAGAUUAGAAGGUGCUCUGAGGCACAGGGGGUCCCAGACACGGCUAAGGGGGAGGAUUUAGUGGGGGGGCCCCCUCAAGUCCCACACUACCUCAAGGAUCUCCUCAGAAAAGAAGGGGAGACAGCGGUGAAGCCCAGGUCUCUGCUGCUGAGAGUGGAUGUAUUGCCCACAAGGUGAUUUCAGCAGGGGCUUGGCCACCCCCCAAGCGGGACUCACCUGUGGGAAGCAGGCUUUACCUCAGAGGUUAAUCUUUCUUUGGAGGGCAAGGACUGGCUGACGGACCAGCAUGACAGAAUAGCAGGGCCUCCUAGAGCAAAAACUCUUCUGCCCGGCAACAGCAGUUUUGGGGCUUCCAUGAAGUCUGCACCCAACAGGACCCUCAGGCUACCGACAUUCUUGGGUGGGUGGGGGCGGCUGGUGAGCUUCUCAAGGGCCUGAGCAUCCUCUUAUCUCAGGCCACUGGAUUCUGGACACAGUUCAAAGCAGAUAAACGAGUUCCACAAGGCACCCAUGGGCGUCUUCUUCCCAGUUCCAGUCUCCCAAGGAGCCCUCCAGGCACACAAGGAUCUUGGCUCGCCCUCCAGCAUCUCCUCACAAUCUAGGCCAUCAAACACAUCCCAGUCCCUGAGAGGGCGGGGUCUUCCCAGCCUUCUUCAGGGUCCCAAAGCAGACUGGAGACACAUGGUCCAUCCUGAGAGUGAAUCUCCCAAGUUCCACGUGGAGAUUUUGUGCAGCAUCCUGGUGAGCCUCAGGAAGGGUGACUUCCUCACUCUAUCAACCUGACAGAACCAUACCUCUACACUUCCAUCAGGCAGGACCAUCGCAGGUUCCUAUGGCAAUGACUAGGUCCAGUUCCAGGCUCUGCCUUUUGGUAGCACAUAUAAGAUGCUCUCAGGACAGUCAGGACCAGAGUCCACAGACGAUGCACUACACUCUUCUGGUCCUUCAAACCCUCCUGACUGGUCAAGAAGUUCUCCAAGGGCUCUCUGGCUAAGAAGAUGCAUUUCCCUAGCUUACACAUCAGCCAAUCUCCGUUUCCCAGAGGCCUCAGUUACACACUCAGUGAGGCAGGGGGCCACAGCCUCCAGAGCUUCCUGGGAGAUGGCGCCUCUAGAGGAGAUCUGUAGGGUAGCUUUCUCCUCGGUCCAGCACUACCAGAUCAACACCUUUGCAUCAGAAGGCACCUUUGGGUAAUGUGUCCUGCAAGAGAGUUCAGCACUCCUAGGGAGACACAGUGCAGGUUGUUGGAGAACAGGGACCCACCCAGAGAUGCGCUGAUUUUCAGCAUCCCAAGCCAACAUUGGCUCCCAGUACAUUUCCGAGCACAAUUCAAAGUGUUGGUGCUGAUCUUUAAAGCCCUAAACGGCCUCAGCCCAGUAUACCUGAAGGAGCGUCUCCACCCCCAUCGUUCAGCCCGGACGCUGAGGUUCAGCUCCCAGAGUCUCCUGGUGGUUCUUCCAUUGCGAGAAGUGAAGUUUCAGGGAACCAGGCAGGGGUAGUGGCACCCACCCUGUGGAAAGCCCUCCCAUCAGAUGUCAAGGAAAUAAACAACUACAGUCGUACCUUGGUUCUCGAACGCCUUGGUACACGUACGUUUUGGCUCCCAAACACUGCAAACCUGGAAGUAAGUGUUCUGGUUUGCAAACGUUAUUUAGAAGCCGAAGUUCCUGCAGCCAGUCAGAAGCCGUGCCUUGGGCUUUGAACGUUUUCGGAAGUCAAACGGACUUUCAGAACGGAUUCUCUUUGAGAACCACAGUACGACUUUUAGAAGACAUCCGAAGGCAGCCCCAUACAGGGAUGUUUGAAUGUUUGAUAUUUUACUGUGUUUUAAAUAUUUUGCUGGAAGCCGCUGGAAGAGUGGGCAGGGCAACACAGUCAGAUGGGUGGCAUAUAAAUAGUGUUGUUGUAGUUGGCAUAUAAAUAGUGUUGUCGUCAGGCCUCCUCCUCCUUGAUCAGAGAAAUUCAGAUUCUUGAUUUACCAUGAGUUUGAGUUUUUCUCUACUGGAGGAGGCAAUUACCUCUCUUUCCCCCCUCGUUGUGUCCACGGUAGGCAAACAGCCAACAACAGAACAGACAUUGCAGAUUCCCAGAACGUGGGUCUUCCCACUUUGGCGAGCUGACGACUAGGGAUCCACGGGGGGAGGCUCUGCCUUCCAUGGAAGAGCCUCUGAUCCCUGCCUAUCUGGCGCCUGCAGCUGGGCAAAUCCCCAGCCCACUGGCCUCCACCACUCAAGAAGAACAGGAAUUCACGGUAAGUGAAGAAUUUCCAUACCUCUAAACUCCAAGCCACCCACCCUGACUAUCAGCAAUAAACAAAUGACAAAAGGAGGGGAUGGGGGUGUUCUGCUAGGGAGGGGCCAAACUGAAUGGAGAAGAGCCUCUCUAGUCCUCCUGCAGCAGUAACUAGCAGCACUGUAUUUUGGGGGCAGGGGGCAGGAAGGCACAGUCCAAGCUUGUCCACUACUGUAUCCAGUUCUGUGCAAUGCAGUUCCUAGGCUUCAUUUGAAGCUAGGAUUUGUAGCAAGAUUCCAGUCAGAGGCUACCUGGCAGUAAAUAAUAAAAACAAGACAACUUCUGAGUAUGGGCAAAGUGUGCGUGUUGAAACCAGAGCGCUCAAUCCGCAAAUACUACAGUGGUACCUCAGGUUAAGUACUUAAUUCGUUCCGGAGGUCCGUUCUUAACCUGAAACUGUUCCUAACCUGAAGCACCAUUUUAGCUAAUGGGGCCUCCCACUGCUGCCGCGCCGCCGGAGCACGAUUUCUGUUCUCAUCCUGAAGCAAAGUUCUUAACCUGAAGCACUAUUUCUGGGUUAGCGGAGUCUGUAACCUGAAGCAUAUGUAACCUGAAGCAUAUGUAACCUGAGGUACCACUGUAGGUCUUUCCUGAAUCAAACCAAGGAGCUUGGAGGCUGGCUCGCGACCACCCACCUUUUGUUUCGCAGACACGCCUAA